AUGUCUCAUACUAGUAUUGUCUUGAUUUUCUCCGCUGCGGCAAUCGUCGCCGUAGUCGCCGCCAAAGCGCUCGUGACCCCAAGGACAAGGGUACACACCAGUGUCCAAGCAAUCCGGGCACUGUUGAGUCCCCCUGACCUCCCCAUCUCCGCGUUAUUACGCGCGCGCUCCAUACCCAACCAGCGCCUGGUAAAGGCGCUUGGUAUUUCCAGCACGUUCGUCAGCAGCGACCCACACGUACAUGACGAUUUCACCCACGAAGCCAAAGCUCUAAUAACUGCCGUCAGCGCGAGGGAUGGGUGGUCGAGGGUUGCUGAUGUUGCUGAAGCCUGCGUGAACAGGUUCCUUGACACUGCAGAGAGCCUUGACUACGCCACCUUCGCGCAAUCAGUCACGCUCAGUGUCGUCUUGGCAGGGCUGCUGGGGACAGAUAUCGAAGAUCUGGCCCCCGCAGACGUCGCAUUCGUGACCAAAACCAUCAACGACCGUUGGGCGCAAUCCAAAUCGAGCAACGCUUUACCUACAGAAGUGCUUGAGCACAUCAAUCACCACAUCGCUAGAUGGGUUCCAGGCAGAACCAAUCCACUCAACUUCAUCAUCCCCGCGUACGAGACCAUGUGGCGCGUUGUAGCAAUCACGGCCGUAUAUUCUAAUCGCAAUUGCCUGCUGCGCGAGGCCUUUCUCUCAUAUAAUGAGAACCCCACUGACGAUCAGUUCCGUGCCCUCACAAGCGAGGGGACAGGAGCGAAGCCUAGUGUCGAGGCGAUCGUCAGUGAGGUUCUCAGAUUAUACCCACCAACUCGUCAUAUCACUCGCUCCGUAGACGUCCCAUGGUGGAAGCGGCCGUUUGUCCCAUCUGUAGAUGUGGCUGAUGUCGAAGAGGCGCAUAAAUCUAUUCUCUACGGAAGUGAUCCUGAAUCCUUCAAUCCUAUGCGGUUCCAUGCUAGCCAUUCCGGUGCUAGAAGGGAUCAGUUAUAUGCCUUCGGGUACGGAAAGCUCAAAUGUGUAGCGGCAAGCUGGGCACCACCAGCUGCGGCUGUGAUCACCGCGAAAAUCAUGGCGAAGCUGGACGACGUCACGUUUACGCUGAAAGAAGGACCGUGUAUUGGGAAAAGGGAGGGAUGGGAGGGUUGGUCGAUCGAAAGAAUAUAACGAAAGACGUGUGAUAUCUUCAACCGUGCUCUUGAGCUGCUUUUAGGUUGUGUAUAGUCUGCUUGUACUGUAAAUUAGGAGGCUGUCUCCGCUUUGAAGAUGAGGGUGUACUGUAAUUAUCGUUACCCACCUUGCAAUCGAGAGUCGUGUGUUAGUGUCGGGGGAUGGGGAAGAGGGAGCCGUAUACUUAUUUGGUGUGUCAUUUGAAUGAAGGCUGAGCUGGGUAUUGAUAUGAUGUCGUAGUUGAUGUCGAAGGGUGCAAUCUGUGGGAGCAGUGACCGC